AGCUUCUCCAUCAAAACCCCUCCGCGUUCCAAAAGCUACCCACUUUUGCCCCCCAAUUCUUUUGAAUUUAGCGGGGAUUUUGAUCUUUAUUAGGGCUUUCCAGUUAAUUGUUCUCGAGCUCUCUCAUGGCCGAACCGAUCGAGCUGAACGAUGACGCCGUCGAGCGCCCCAGAAUCAAAGAGAAGAAGAGGAAACGAGCGCGGAUUGGAUCGGACGAGCGAGGGGUCUGCUACCUGAGCAGGGUCCCACCCCACAUGGACCCAUCGAAUCUCCGCCAGAUUCUUUCCAGAUUCGGGGAGAUUCAGCGCGUUUACUUGGUUCCCCAAGACCCGGCAGCUCAAGCGAGACGUAAACAAGGCAGCGGAUUUCGCGGAAAGGAAUUCUCAGAAGGGUGGGUUGAAUUUACAAGGAAAAGCGUAGCAAAGAUGGUUGCAAAUAUGCUAAAUGGUGAACAAAUAGGUGGCAAGAGGAGGUCAUCGUUUUACUAUGACACAUGGAACAUCAAGUAUUUAAGUAAAUUUAAAUGGGAUGAUUUGACCAGUGAAACAGCUGACAAGAACCACACUCGGGAACAGAAGCUAGCCUUAGAGAUAUCUGCUGCAAAGAGAGAGCGAGACUUCUACUUGUCAAAAGUUGAUCAAUCUCGUGCUUUGAAGUCCAUGAAAGAACGUGUGAAGAAGAAACAGAAGAUUCAAGAAACAGAGUCAAAUAAAAGAGCUGGGGAUGUACAAGAACCUAAGAUCAUUCGCAAGUUUCCACAAAACAGGCCGGUAACUGAAAAUACCGAUGUUCGGAUCAAGACAGUGCUAUCCAAAGAUUUUUUGGCAGGGGUGUUCAGCGCUGGUUCGUAAAUUUCCAUGAUCAAGCUCCUCAUGGAUAUUGUGGAAAGAUGCACCAAGGAGAUGAAUUAAGAACGUGCUAUCAAGUGCAUCCUCAUAAAUUCAAAGCAUAUCAUCUCCACUGGUUUAAAUUUACUUGGAUCAAACUAUAUAUGUUAAUAACAAGAUACAAGUAUUUUUUGUUACAGUAAUUACAUAAUUGUAAUAUCUUUCUUGUUUGUGAA